UACAUGUGGUUGAUAGAGGGAAGAGCUCUCACACAGGGGAGCUGAAUAACUUUGAUUUAAACACCACAUAUAUUGUUUAAAAUGUUAGUUUUAUUUGAAACCGCUGCCGGCUAUGCCAUAUUUAAGGUCCUUGAUGAGCAGAAGCUCCAGCAGGUGGACAGCCUGUGGAAGGAGUUUGAAACACCAGAGAAAGCCAAUAAAGUAGUGAAAUUAAAGCACUUUGAAAAGUUUCAGGACACAACAGAAGCUCUGGCAGCUGCCACUGCUCUGGUAGAAGGAAAGCUUGGAAAAACAUUAAAGAAAGUCCUGAAAAAAGUGGUGGCUAAAGAGGCUCAUGAGCAGCUUGCGAUUACAGAUGCUAAAUUGGGAGGAGUCAUUAAAGAUAAGAUAAAUGUAAGCUGUGUACACAGUCCUGCUGUAGCUGAGUUGAUGAGGGGCAUUAGGAACCAGAUGGAGGGUCUGAUCACCGGGCUCCCUCCCAGAGAGAUGAGCGCCAUGUCUUUGGGUCUAGCACACAGUCUCUCCCGGUACAAGCUGAAGUUCAGCCCGGACAAAGUGGACACCAUGAUCGUCCAGGCCAUAUCUCUCUUGGAUGACCUGGAUAAGGAGUUGAACAACUACAUCAUGCGCUGUCGUGAGUGGUACGGCUGGCACUUCCCUGAACUUGGCAAGAUUGUCACAGACAACUUGGCAUACUGCAAAACAGUCCGGAAAAUCGGUGACCGUACAAAUGUGGCAACCACUGACCUUUCUGAAUCGCUGCCAGAGGAGGUUGAGGGUGAGGUCAAACUGGCUGCAGAGAUCUCCAUGGGAACAGAAGUGUCUGAGGAGGACAUUAGUAACAUCAUGCACCUGUGUGAUCAGGUCAUUGAAAUCUCAGAGUAUCGCACUCAGCUAUAUGACUACUUGAAAAAUCGCAUGAUGGCCAUUGCUCCAAAUCUCACAGUUAUGGUUGGGGAAUUGGUCGGAGCUCGACUCAUCUCCCAUGCUGGUUCCCUGUUGAACUUGGCAAAGCACCCUGCGUCUACAGUGCAGAUUUUGGGGGCAGAGAAAGCUUUGUUCAGAGCACUGAAAACCCGACGAGACACUCCCAAGUACGGUUUAAUUUAUCACGCUUCUCUGGUGGGCCAGACCUCAGCCAAAAACAAGGGCAAGAUCUCCAGAAUGCUGGCAGCCAAGGCAGCCCUGGCCAUCCGCUACGACGCGCUGGGUGAAGAUACCAAUGCUGAGAUGGGAGUGGAGAACAGAGCCAAGCUGGAGGCUCGUCUACGGCAGCUGGAGGAGAAAGGGAUCAGAAGGAUUAGUGGAUCAGGCAAAGCUUUGGCCAGGGCUGACAAGUAUCAGCACAAGAGUGAUGUUAAAUUUUACGACCCAUCUGGAGACUCGACGCUUCCAACUGUCUCCAAGAAAAGGAAAAUAGAGGAAGUGGAGGAGGAGGAAGAAGAGAAGCCAGUAGAGGUUAAGGCCAAGAAAGUGAAGAAGGAAACGCCAACUAAAGAAGCUGAAGCAUCAGAAGAGGCUGAAACAGAGACGCCCAAGAAGAAAAAGAAAAAGAAGGAAAAGAAGCAGGAGGCAGAGGUAAAGGUGGAGGAAGAAGAAACGGUGGAGGAGGAGACUGCUCCACAGACAUCAGAAAAGAAGGAAAAGAAGAAGAGGAAACUUGAAGCUGAGGAAGAAGAGGAGGCAGCAGUUAGUCCCACAGAAGAGCCAACCACAGAAAAGAAGAAAAAAAAGAAGAAAAAGGUUAAAGAAUAGGAGGGAGAGUAAAUUCUCCCCUAACUUUUCCCUUACAAUUCUUGAAUAUGUAAUUUUAUCUCAUUCAUGUGCAACUACAGGUUUUUAUGUGGUGAUCACAUGACUGCUGGCCAGUUCAAGACUGGUAUUAAGGACUAAACUUUUUUUUUAACAAGAUCUGAAAUUAUUUUCCAUGUAAUCAAAAAGUAUUAUUUUGGUUUGCUCAGAGUAAUUAGUUCUCUGACCCUGUCAUUUAUGGAUACUUUUGUGUUUCAGUUAAAAAAAAAAAGAAUGUAAUGUUACAUUAUCAUGUUAUAUCAUAAAGCUUAGAGAAAUGAGGACAGUGUGAUAGCGCUCAUUUCACUUUAAAUGAUUAAACAUCUUUUUCGUUAUCUCA